UUCCAAUCUUCCAUGGGAACACCACUUUUAGACUCUUCACUCUCCACCAAAUUUCCUCUUCAGCAUGUCCAACUCAAUUAUUAAAAGAAAAUUUAAUUUCAUUUAUUGUUAUUUUAUUAUUUGUUUUGAUAAAACAAAAAUGUUCCUAUGUAUGUGUGUGUCCACCAGAGAUCCUUACUUAGGAAUGUUUUAAGCAUACCAUCCAUUUUAGGGUUCUACCCUUUUCCCCUUGCCCCUGUAUUCUCUUAUUUUUCAUUUAUUAUUUAUCACAAAUUUGAUUUUUCUAUUGUUGUCAACCAUUUUUAUCUUUCGUAGGAGGGUUUUUGUUUCCUUUUCUUUUCUAAUUUAAUUACGAUCAAAUUGAAACUCGAUCGCUGCUGGUGAAAUUGAUUUACAUUGAAGAUGGAUCACACCAUUUCAAGAGAAAGGGACAUUGACUUUGACCUAGAAAGUGGUGGGAACAGUACCGAAGAGGAUUCGAGCACCGAUCGUUCCACAAGUGAUGGAGAUUCAAAUGGCGGUUUUCGUUAUCCCUGGAAUAGGAUUCUAGGCUUCGAGUCGUCUUCAUGCAGCAAUUCAUCAACAAAACCUGUUAACGGUGUUGAUAAUGUUGGUGUUCUUGUUAAUGAUGAUAAUUAUAAUAAUUAUGCUCAUGUUAAUAACCAAAACGCUAAUAAGGCGGCUACUAACCCAUCAAGAAAGCCUUCAAAGCCACCAUUGCCUCCUAAUGGUCCAUCAUUGAUUGCUGGAGAUCAGAGGUUUGUGAAGGAGCUUAGCGAGCUUGCGUUGAGGAAGAGAGCGAGGAUUAAGAGAAUGAAAGCAGUGAGGAAGAUGAAAGCAAUAAAGUCUGCAUCAUCCUCAUCUUCAUCGUAUACUGGCUUCUCUGCCUUGGUCAUCAGUGUUUUCUUCUUGCUUGUUUUAAUAUUCCACGGAAUCAGAUCUGUGCAUAGCAAUGUUGUUGAGUUAACAGCUUCACCUGAAACAGUGACUCCAACUGAUGAAGAUAUUAUUUCAGUUCAGUAUCCAAAGAAUUCUAUCAUCAAUGAAGUUCCAAAGGAAAGAUGAUGAGGUGGUAAUUUUGGAGAUUCUUUCCAUCCAAGCUGAGUUUUUCUCUAUCCUUAAUUAUCUAGUUUGGAUCAUGUAUGUAUUCUGUAUAGAUAUUAGGAACCUUAGGUAUUUCUCAAAGUUUCAUUGGUACUCCUCUUGAUGAUUUCUGUUUUCAACUUCCCUCUACUCUUUAGAUAGCGCUGUUUAGUUCUAUUCUAUCAUAGCUGAGCUACGAUCUACCUGUAACUGUUUAAUUACUUAGCAAGAUUUGGGAAUUGUGGCCAUGAAGAAACAAUGGCAAUGUGAAGUUGAGACGAAUGCACUUAGUGCACAAUAUAGUUGAUUCCUAAUGAUGGCUGUUACACUAAUUUUCACACCAAAUGUGUUCUCCAAAUUUUAGUAUAUAUAUUAGGACACAAGACACAUGGGAACGGUUAUUACCACUGUAUUGCAAUGUCUAGUCAUUUUUGUGACACAAGUAUAGAGAUAGAGGAAGAUGGUGACAUAGAGACACAAAAAUAUUAUAAUGUUUGGUUCUGGCAGGUGGUGGUGUUAAUUUGUAUGAUGGCAAUGGUGGUGGCAGUAAGCGGAGGAAAGUGAUGAUGGUGGUUGUAGAAAGUGUGAGUUCUAAGGAGAUGAAGAUAGAUUCUCAAGGUGGAAUCAUGAACAGAGAGAGCUCGGCAGAGAAUAAAUGAAGAACUUGUCAUUAAUUGAAUGAUGAAUCACACAUUACAACUAUCUUACAUCUAUAUAUAGUUGCUAACUAACCACUAACAUUCUGCCAGCUGUCACUAGCUUAACAGACUUCUUACAAAUUUUCCAACUAACUCAAACUAACAUAACUAACACUCGGCUUACUGUAUUAACUUAGUUACUCUAAUCUACUUAUCUCAAGUCACAGUGGUGGUGUUGGGAUGGAACAAGGUUGCCUUGUGUAAAAAGAUGAAGAUGGAUGGGGCUGAAGAUAGGACACAGCAGAAGCGUAGAUGCAGAGAAGAAUAUGGUUAAAUCUGUUGUGCAGUUAUGCUAGUUUCUUAAAUUUUAAUAGAUAAAAAAUUGUUCCAGACCUAAAAAAGAAAGGUACAGAUAAUUGUUCAUAGUUUCUUGUUAGAUGAGUUUCAGCUGUACAAAUUCAUUUGGGCACAUAAUGGCUAGAAUGGAUGACAUUUCCAAAAAUAAUUACAAGAAAAUGAGAAAUCUGAAAUCA